AUGGACCCGCUGGCACAAUAUAAGACCUCCAUACAGAACCGACUGGAUAGUGCGGAUGUUUUGGUAUCAAAAUUGGUACAUGAAAACCGCAUGCUGGCGCAAGAAACAGAGAAUAAGGAUGAAGAGAUAAAAGCAUUGAAACAGCAACUGGAGUCCGUCAAAAGGCGCAACGAAGAUGAUGAAAAACGAGCAAAUGUAGCAGAAGAAGAGGCCGAAAUCGUGCGGGACUUGUUUGAGCAUUUGUGUGGAGUCAGGGUUCACAAAUCUUACGAGGACGAUACGGGACUCUGGUUUGACACAUCGCAAGGAGGAAAAUUUGGCGUGAUGGAUUAUAAACUUGGUUUUGUCAGAGCCGAGGGCGAAACGGAGGGUACUGAGGUGGUUUACGUGCCGCUUCUGAAGCAAAGAAGUGCAGAAGAGCUUCAAUUGCUGCAGAAACAGCUACCUGGUUAUCUCUUCGAUACAUUGAGUUUCCCACUCAGAUCUCUUAACCAGUUUUACAUGAAACUAAGCAAAUGUCUGGGUAAGGCUGAAAAAACAUCUGAAUAG